AUGCAUACCAAGCUAGACUUUUUAAUUCGAUGGUUAGACCGAGAGAUAAUUCACAGAACAAUUCCAGCUGUAUUCGAGGCAAAGUUUCCUCGACUGACUUCUAUCAUUGAUUGUUUUGAGAUUUUUAUUGAAGCACCGAAGAACUUCCUCGCCCGUGCACAGUGUUACAGUAAUUACAAGAGACAUACUACCAUUAAGUGUUUCAUUUCGUGCAACCCACUCGGAGCAAUAAACUUUUUGUCAAAAUGCUGGGGUGGACGAGCAUCAGACAUUGAAAUAGUUAGAAAUUCUGGAUUUAUUGACUCACAGUUACAUUCUCCAGGAGACCAAAUUUUAGCAGACAGAGGAUUUGCCCUUGCUGAUGACUUUGCUGCACAGUGCAGUGCAGAGUUAAUUACUCCGGCUUUCACUAAACGGAAAAAACAGCUGUUUGCUAGAGAAGUGGAAAUCUCAAGGAAAGUUUCAUCUGUGAGAAUACACAUUGAGCGGGUAAUAGGAUGUAUGAAAAACAGAUUUAGCAUCCUGAAAGGUACUCUUCCUAUUCGCUGUAUUCAAAGCUUAAAGAAUGAGAAGUUGGAUGCAACCUAUGCCAGCUGUGACAAAAUUUUAACUGUGUGUGCUGCCCUCACCAAUCUGGAACCAAGCAUUGUUUUUCAAGAGUAA